AUGCCUCAGGAGUAUGUGUCCCCCGUGGUGGCAGGACUCAUUGGAGCCACUGUGCUGGUGGUUUCUGUCUCAGUCACAGUCUUUGUGUGGACAUGCUGUCACCAGCAAGCAGAAAAGAAGCACAAAACCCCCCCCUACAAAUUCAUUCACAUGCUGAAAGGCAUCAGCAUCUACCCGGAGACCUUGAGCAACAAGAAGAAAAUCAACCGGAUCCGGAGAGACAAGAGCGGCACGGCCAAGGAGGGGGGCAGCAGGGGCAACCUGCUGCUGGAUGCUGCUGAGGCUGGCCUGGGGGACCCCAACAAAGCUCCAGAUGGACCCCCCCAGGUCGACCAGCUCCCCAUCAAAGUCGAUUAUGGAGAUGAACUCAGCCCGGAUCAAAGCCUCACUCCGGGAGGGAGUAAAACCUCCUCUCCCUCUUCCCCCGGUGACGACGUCACGCUGGGAGACCUGACCUUCUCGGUGGACUACAACUUCCCCAAAAAGGCCCUGGUGGUCACCAUCCAGGAGGCCCACGGGCUGCCAGUGAUGGAUGAGCACACCCAGAGCUCUGACCCCUACAUCAAGAUGACAAUUCUGCCCGACAAGAGGCACCGCGUGAAGACCCGCGUGCUGCGCAAGACCCUGGAGCCCGUUUUUGACGAGACCUUCACCUUCUACGGCAUCCCCUACAGCCAGCUGCAGGACCUGGUGCUGCACUUCCUGGUGCUCAGCUUCGACCGCUUCUCCCGGGAUGAUGUCAUUGGGGAGGUGAUGGUGCCCCUUGCAGGGGUGGAUCCCAGCACUGGCAAGGUGCAGCUCACCAGGGAGAUCCUCAAGAGGAACAUACAGAAGUGCAUCAGCAGAGGGGAGCUGCAGGUGUCCCUGUCCUACCAGCCCGUGGCACAGAGGAUGACUGUGGUGGUGCUGAAGGCCAGGCAUUUGCCAAAGAUGGACAUCACUGGCCUCUCAGGCAACCCCUACGUGAAGGUGAACGUUUACUACGGCCGCAAGCGCAUCGCCAAGAAGAAGACGCACGUGAAGAAAUGCACGCUGAACCCCGUGUUCAACGAGUCCUUCAGCUACGACAUCCCCGCCGAGCUGCUGCCCGAGCUCAGCGUGGAGUUCCUGCUCAUCAACCUGGAGCGCAGCACCAAGAACGAGCCCGUGGGCCGGCUGGUGCUGGGCAGGCACAGCGCCAGCGCCGCGGGCAGCGAGCACUGGCAGCAGCUGUGCCACGGCCCCGGCCGCGCCCUGGCGCGCUGGCACAGCCUCAGCGAGUACUGAGGGCGGCGGAGCCCCCCGCCUGGGCUGCGGGACACACACAGCGUGCGCGGGGGGCAGCGGUGGGCGCCGAGGGGCUGCGACACAGACGGUCGUGCGUGGGAGGGAAAGGGUUAAAGUUGUGCUUGGGUGGGGGGGUCUGCAGGGCACGAGAUUCUGUGACAGCAAAUAUUCAUUAAUGAUAGGGAAAAUAAUUUAAAAAUCAUCUUUAGUCGAUGGGGUUCUGUAGGGCACGAGAUUCUAUGACAACAAAUAUUCAUUAAUGAUAGGGAAAAUAAUUUAAAAUUGUCAUUAGGUGACGGGGUUCUGUAGGGCACGAGAUUCUGUGACAACAAAUAUUCAUUAAUGAUAGGGAAAAUAAUUUAAAAAUCAUCUUUAGUCGAUGGGGUUCUGUAGGGCACGAGAUUCUAUGACAAAAAUUCAUUCAUGGUAGGGAAAAUAAUUUUAAAGUUGUUGUUAGGUUGUGGGGUUCUGUAGGGCACGGAGAUUCUAUGACAAAAAAUAUUCAUUUGUGGUAGGGAAAAUAAUUUAAAAAUUGCCUUUAGGUGGUGGGGUUCUGUAGGGCACGGAGGUUCUAUGACAAAAAUUCAUUCAUGGUAGGGAAAAUAAUUUUAAAAAUCAUCUUUAAUUGAUGGGGUUCUGUAGGGCAUGAAGAUUCUACGACAACAAAAAAUCAUUUAUGAUAGCAAAAAUAAUUUUAAAAUUGCCUUUAGGUGGUGUGGUUCUGUAGGGCACGGAGAUUCUACAACAAAAAUUCAUGAUAGGAAAAAUAAUUUUAAAAUUGUCUUUAGGUGGUGGGGUUCUGUAGGUCACAGAGAUUCUAUGACAAAAAAUAUAAAUUAAUGAUAGGGAAAACUAAUUUUAAAAUUGCCUUUAGGUGAUGGGGUUUUGCAGGGCACAAAGAUUCUACGACAACAAAAAUUCAUUAAUGACAGGAAAAAUAGUUUUUAACAGGGGUCUCUUUAGUUGAUGUGGUUCUUGCAGGGCACGAAGGUUCUAUGACAAAAAGUAUUCAUUAAUGAUAGGAAAAAUAAUUUUAAAAAACUCAUCUUUAGUUGAUGUGGUUCUGUAGGGCACGGAGAUUCUACAACAACAAAAAUUCAUUCAUGGUAGGAAAAAUAAUUUUUAAAAUCAUCUUUAGUUGAUGGGGUUCUUGCAGAGCACUAAAAUUCUACAACAACAACAAAAAUAAAAGGGGAAUAAAUGAUAAGAAAAAUAAUAAAACAAAAAGGGUCUCUUUAGUCAAUGUGGUUUUUGCAGGGCACGGAGAUCCUAUUACAACAAAAAUUCAUUAAUGAUGGGAAACUUAAUUUUAAAAAAUCAUCUUUAGUUGAUGGGGUUUUGCAGGGCACUAAGAUUCUACAACAACAACAACAAAAAAGGGAAUAAAUGACAAGAAAACCAAUAAAAGAAAAAGGUUCUCUUUAGUCAAUGUGGUUUUCAAAAUCCUACAGAAAGAAAAGGUGAAUAAAUGAUAAGGAAGAAAUAAUCAGGAAAAAAUUGUUCUCUUUAGCUGAUGUGGGUUUUGCAGGGCACUAAAAUUUACCAAAAAAAAGAAGAAAAGAUGGGGAAUAAAUGAUAAAAAAGAUGAAUCAAAGAUAAGAACGAGAUCAUUUUAGAACAAGUUCUCUUUAGCUGAUGUGGGUUUUGCAGGGCACUAAAAUCCUCCAACAAGAAGAAAAAUAAACCAUGGGGAAUAAAUAACAGUAAAUAAUAAUUAAAGAAGAAAUAAAUAACAGAAAAGGUACCACAGACAUCCGUGAGUGUAAUCACGCUAUUGCAUGGCUGCUGCAAACGGAGCCGCGGAGCUGCCGGCUCCGAGCCGCUCGUGCUGUGUCACUUGGAGCUGUGUUUGUGCCCGGCCUCCUCUCCCUUCUUGUUUUGCUGCCCUUGUUCUUGCACUUCUGUUCCGAGCUGGGCUGCGAGUCCGGCCGCGUUUCCAGUGGAGCUGGAGGGAAUUCUGCACUGGCACGGAGGGAAAAUACAGGGAAAUGGCGCUGGGCUGCGCAGAGAGCGAUGCUGCUCGGGCACCGGGGGGCUCGUGCUGCUCCUGGGGCAGAGGCAAGGCUGGAUCCAGAGUCCAGACCCCAGCCCAGGGCUGGAUCCAGAAUCCAGACCCCAAACCCAAAUCCAGGGCUGGAUCCAGGAUCCAAACCCAAAUCCAGGGUUGGAUCCAGAAUCCAAACCCAAAUCCAGGGUUGGAUCCAGAAUCCCAAAUCCAGGGUUGGAUCCAAAAUCCAAGGUUUGAUCCAGAAUCCAGACCCCAACCCAGGGUUGGAUCCAGAAUCCAAACCCCAACCCGGGUUUGAUCCAAACCCCAGUCCAGGGUUUGAUCCAGAAUCCAAACCCCAAAAUCCAAGGUUUGAUCCAAAAUCCAAACCCCAAUCCCGGGUUUGAUCCAAAAU